CAUGAAAUGCGAUUUUCAUUUUCGACUUAACCAUUGUCUUAAAUUGAAAAGUGACCGACUAUUCCACAAAAAUAAAAUCCCUUAAAUUAAAUAAGUAAUCGGGCGGAGGCGUCGGUGGUCGCAACGGUGGCGUUGACUCGGCGACUCAACACUGCAAGGUGGAUCCAAACGCUGCUUUACUAAACAUUACUGUGCCAUUUAAUCAACCAGCAAUGGGAAAGGCGAGCGGCAAUAGAACCAGCAAUACUUUGUUAGGUCUUGCAUUAUCAGCUAUUUACCUUAAUCUUUCACUUAGCACCGCGAAUGGAAGUCAGUUUUAUCAGUUGGGGCCGAUGCUGCCCAUCAACCUUCCUUUACCAGGUCCCACCCCUUGGCAGGAAGCCCUUGGCGGAUAUGCCCUCGGAUCCAACUCAGGAUAUCGCGGUUUCUCGGACGGCUCACGUGACACCGGUGGAUACUACAAUGAUCUCUUUUCUAAGAAAAACGCAUAUGACUUGGGCAAAGGAUACGGGAAUGGCAUAGAUUACGGGAGAGGAGGAGUCAUUGGGGGAGGAUUUAGAGACCUAGGUGGCAGGAACAAAGGACACCAGGCUGCCGGAUUUGCCACCUCAUACCGAAAGGAUGAAAGUGGUGAUCAAGCGACUUACUACGACGAUGGGCUUGGCCAUCAUGGAAAAAUUAACUAUGGAGCACAUGAUGCAAGAUUUCGAGAUCAAGGCGGCUCACUUCGAAGGGGUGGCUAUCACGACACCAACUUGAAUCGUGCCGCAACUGGAAAAGCAGGACGUUACGGUGACAACUUUGGCUACCGUGGAUACUUAGGCCACGACGGAAGUUUUGCCGACGGCCGAGGCGGCUACGGCUACAAGAAAGGAUGGCGACACGGCAGACUUCUUCCUCUGGCACCACUGCCCGGAGUUGGCAUCCUCAGGCCUCCGCCUACUUUCAAAAGUACCGGACUUUAUGUGAUUCCUAUGCCAAACAAAUUUUACUUUGACCACACAAUCGCACCACCCGCUUGAGGCUUCAUUCCACAUAUUUUUUCUAAAGGUCUUCAUCUUCUAUAACUAAAAGUUGACAAUCGAACUGCCCAAACCUCAGGAUUAUUUAUUGAUAGUUAAUUUAUCUAUAAUGAAAUUGUGUU